GUACGGCUCUCACGGACUCAGUGCAUACGUGUGUCUGCGUCAGUCCUGCGCCGCCCUCAUCGCCACCAUGAACAAGAUGUCCACCGCCAUGCAGGAGGGAGAAUACGACGGCGAGAGGCCGCAGUGCCCGCGUCCGCUGGUGGAGAUCCGCGCCGCCGCCGUCAGAGCCGAGAUGACCGACGCCGAGGGUCUGGGAAACAAGCUGGAGGACCGAGAGACGGUCAUCAAAGAGCUGAAGAAAUCCCUCAAGAUCAAGGGUGAGGAGUUGAGCGAGGCCAGUGUUCGUCUGAGUUUGCUGGAGAAGAAGCUGGACACGUCGACGAGAGACGCAGACGAGCGCGUGGAGAAGAUCCAGACCAAACUAGACGACGCUCUGACUCUGCUGAAGAAGAAGGAGAAUGAGUAA